AACUAACUGUUAAAGGAUAUUGACGAACAUUCGGAGGAAAUCAUUAGUUUUGUCUAUUUUAAAUACCAGCAGUUAUGGCUCCUUCUUUUAUGUGGAAAGAACAACAACACACAUAUUUUAAAAUAUCUGGCAGCGGAGGCGGUGCAGGGUCGAUUCGUCACUCGAUGGGCGCAAUCAAACGAUUAGAGCGCAAACACAGCUAUGGGAAAUUAGUUUACAAGUACGUGCGGCGCUGCCGCGGCGAGGUCCAGCUGGCCACUCCACCGUCGGUCACCAGGAACGCCGGACCAGACCUGCUCGAGGACAUGAUGGUCCAACCUCGAAGGGAUUUUGGAAUACGACCACAAAAGUCAGAUUUAGACAAAAAGCAAAACCUGUGGAUAAAUGAACAUAACAAAGAACUGACUCCGUGGUAUGUAUGGAACCACAAAAUACCGAUCACUAGGAGCCGAAGUGAGGAGAGACCAUCUGUGGCUACCUCUACUAAGGCAGCAGUCAGAGCUUUCAGCAGAGACCUCAGAGAGUACCUGCUAACUUCCACAUUGCACGGUCUGCGGUACAUCGGCGAGAAGAAGCUUACUUGGUUCGAAAGGUUCUUCUGGCUAGCAGCCUUCCUAUGCUCCCUUAUAUGCGCGGGCUUCUUCAUCCUAAACGUGUACGCCAAGUGGCGCCUGUCGCCGAUGAUCGUGAGCAUCAACCCUGAGAACCUGGUGCUCGAAGACCUGCCCUUCCCGGCCCUCACCAUCUGCAACGUCAACCAGGCCAAGAAGUCUGUGGCGCAGCACUACCUGAAGUUUGGGACAUCGGUGGACAAAAAGCUGUUGGAGAGUCUGUGUUCCACCCAAAACGACGCAGAAAUAUUUGAAGACGGAAUCGCAGAAAGCGCUGACUGGGACUACACACGCUCGUUUCUUAUAAAUGUAACACAGCCAUGCAGUGAAAUGUUGACAUCAUGCACGUGGAACUCGAAGAACACGAGCUGCACGGAUCUAUUCAACGCACAGCUCACCGACGAGGGUCUCUGCUGCACUUUCAACGUCGUGCACCGCAAGAUGAUGUUCAGAAAUCCGAAAUCUUUGAAUGAUUUAAAUUUGACGUUCCCGUCUCCUGCAGUGGACUGGACACCAGAAAAGGGAUACCCGCCUGACGCACCUGUGGACGGCUUUCCGUGGAGACCCAAAGGUAUCGGCACCAGUCAUGGUCUCAGUUUGGUAUUGAAUGCUAACAUUGCAGAGUAUUACUGCGCGUCCACUAAAAGUGCUGGUUUUAAGAUCCUCCUCCACAACCCGACUGAGACGCCCAAGAUAGCUAACCUGGGAGAGAUCUACGGGCCGGGCAUCGAGGCGCGGGUGACGGUGCUGCCGCGCGUCCUGGACGCUCAGCCUGACCUGCAGUACAUAGAUGUCUCCAAGCGCCUCUGCCUGUUCUCUGCCGAAAAAGAACUUGUGUUCUUUAGAACGUACACACUAAAGAAUUGCGAAAUGGAAUGCGAAGCUAAGGCAAUGCUGGAUUUGUGCAAUUGUGUUUACUAUUAUAUGCCGAAGAAUAAAACGACACGCAUUUGCGGAAAGGCUGACGCAAAAUGCUACUCAAACACAUCGGAAUUAAAACCUACAAAAAAAGAAUGCGAGGAGUGCUUGCCUGCAUGCACUGAGAUCGCAUAUUUUGAGCGCGUGAGCACAGCGCCGCUCCACAAAUCGCUGGUGCGCCACCUAGCGAAGACUCACGGCAACAUCACUCCGGAAUAUUUCACUGAAAACAUGCUGAUAAUACACUUUUACUUCGAAGAUGACACAUUCAUGCGGUUUACAAAAGGAGAGAUAUUUGGACUCACUGAAUUCCUAUCCAACACCGGCGGUCUACUAGGCCUGUGCAUGGGCUUCAGCAUGAUGAGCGCGGUGGAGCUGCUCUACUACCUGACUCUUCGCGCGCUCUGCAUGGCUCGCCACCGUCGCCCCCAGCACCCCUUCACUAAAUAAACUACACUCAACAUCAAAUAAAUCGCACCUUCCGUGACGAUUUUCUUCUGACACAAUCAUGGUGCCCCAACAAUAUUGGUGUUAUUUGA